AUGGAAGACUUAGAAAUUCCGAAUUGGUGUUCAGAUGAAGGUUCUUCAUCAAAUGGGGAAGGAAAAAAUGUUGCCGGAGAUCUAUCAUCUACCACACCUACCUUGUCUGAAUCAAUUGGUGAGGAAGAAGCGGGUUAUGCUUUCAAUAGUAUGGAUGAUGCUGCAAACAUUGUGUGGGAUAGUAUUAAUGAGACUAACUUCAAGAAGUACCAUUUUUUGAAUCGGCAAGUUGUAUUUGAGUUCUACAACUUGUAUGCUAGGAUAAAGGGAUUCUCAAUACGGAAGAGCAAGGUGGUGAGAAACAAGCAUGGGGAAAUUGUGAGGCAAGACUUAGUGUGUCACAAGGAAGGCUUUCGUGAAGAGAAAAAUCGAAUGAGGGCCAAUCGGAAGUGGGAAACAAAGGUAGAGACAAGGUGCGGGUGCUGUGCAAAAUUGAGGGUUCGUUUGGAUGUGGAAAGUGGUAGGUGGCAUGUGGUAUUAUUUGGAGAUGAUCACAACCAUGCAAUGUUAGAGGGGAAGCAAUCAUCAAUGUUACCAGCUCAUCGGCAUAUGAAAGAUGGUGAUAUAGUGGGAAUGAACAGCAUGCGAAAAGCUGGUAUUAGCACAACUGAGAUAUACAAUUUAUUUGCUGAUCAAUCCGGGGGUUUUGAUAAAAACAAUUUUCAAAAGGUAGAUAUGCUUAAUCAAAUGACGAAGCAGAAACAGAAGAAGCAGUGUGAUGCCAAAGCUGUUCUAGUGUACCUUAAGGGUCUUGCUUCUGGUGAUCCGGGGAUGUAUUGGUCACACCUUGUUGAUGAACAAGGCAAUUUAAAACAAUUGUUUUGGGCUGAUGGGAUUAGCAGAAUGGAUUUUCAGGUUUUUGGUGAAGUUUUGGCAUUUGAUGCAACGUACCGGAAGAAUAAGUACGGGUGUCCCAUUGUUGUGCUAGUUGGAGUUAACCAUCAUUGUCAGACUAUUGUAUUUGGCACGACAGUUUUAACUUAUGAGAAGGAGGAAAGCUAUGUGUGGUUACUAGAACAAUUUUUGGCAGCAAUGAAAGGUAAAGUACCAAGUGCGGUAAUCACCGAUGGAGAUCCUGCGAUGCGGAAUGCUAUUAGUCGAAUACUACCCAAAGCUCAUCACCGUUUAUGUGCUUGGCACCUUUUACAAAAUGCGCAAAGAAAUAUUGGGGACCCAAAUUUUGUGAAAGGUUUUAAAAGGUGUAUGUUGGGAAACUAUACAGUUGCGCACUUCAAUAAAAAAUGGCUUGAAUUGGUUACUGAACACAACCUUGAAGACAAUGCAUGGGUGCAAAGCAUGUAUGAGAAGAGGCACAUGUGGGCCACUGAGCUGAUGCGAGGAAAGUUCUUUGCCGGGUUUAGAACUACCUCACGGUGUGAAGGUAUGCAUUCCCAAAUUGGUAGGAUUGUGCGUUCUAGAAGUAGCUUGCUUGAGUUUGUCCAGUACUUUGAGCGUUUUGUGGAUUAUAUGAGAUGGAGAGAGGUUGAUGCGGACUACAAAUCAGUGGUAGGAGACGCUGUCCUGCAAACCAAUGUUAGAGCAUUGGAAAUUUGUGCUGCAAAUGUGUAUACAAGGUCUGUAUUCUUAAAUUUCCGUCCUUGGCUUAGUAGGGGCAGUGUAAUGAAAGUUGCUUCAAUAAAGGAGACAUCAUCGUGCAUCAUAUACUCUUUGUACAAGUAUUGUAAGCCAACAAAGCUAUGGCAUGUGGCGCAUGAUGACCAUUUGUCCACCUUUAGAUGUUCUUGUCAGAGAAUGGAGACCUUUGGGGUACCCUGUGAUCAUAUCAUAGGUCUGUUGGUGCAUCUGGACAUUGAUGUCAUUCCAGAAAGCUUAAUAUUGCAAAGAUGGUGUAAAGCAGCAAAGGAAGGUAUGAAAGAUAACUCAGAGUCUGCCUUCAAAUUCUGGGAGUCAACAAUGUUGGCUAGACUUGGUUCAUUGGUAAUGAGAAGCAGAGAAAUGUUUAACCUUGGGUGUGAAUCUAUGGAGGACUACCUGGAUACUGUUGACGUCAUGGCGAAGCAUGUUACAAAACUAAAAGAAAAGAAGGUUGCCGCUGUAUCCAAUGCUUGUGCUAGUAAUGUUGACACCGGCAAUAAGGAGUUUGAUAAUAUUAAAAAUCCUACUGCAGUUAGGAGCAAGGGAUGUGGCGGUUCACAAACUGGGAACAAGACAGGCAAAAGAAAGUGCAGUAUUUGUAAGAAUGAAGGUCACAACAAGAUAACAUGCCCCCAGAACAAAAGGGUAAAAGUUGCAGCAUGUGGUGAACCUUCUAAUGUGGGUCAUGAUGAUGAUGGAGCAGGCUGCAGGUUGGGGGAAUGGAUGUGUUUGAAUGAAGGAUGA